AUGCCGUCGCCGCAAGUCCUCCAACCGGUUCUUAAAGUAAAGGUGGAUGAGCUGUUUCUCCAGUGGCUUAGUGAUCCGGGGACCCAGUCAGUACUCAAAGAGUAUCUUGACCUAAUCAAAAAUGGACAGUACUUGAGUGGCGAAGAUGCUCAAGAUAAAAAAUCACUCAGCUUCAACGAGAACAACAAUGUGGCAUCCCAGAGAAACUUGGCAGAGAAAAAAACUGCUCCCCUUGGUACACCUUCCAGCCCACCACCCAACAGUACCCUGCCUUCUCGAAGUAGCAGUAAUUCCAGAGUUAUAGGACCCAAUGGCAGAGUGCUACGGAGGUCUGUCAGCACGAAGAAGAUUCUAGAGUCCAGAGUGGAAACCCUCAAUACAAGCAGCUCGCUGGACCCCUACAGCGUCCAGUGUGGUGGACGACAGGGACUGGCUCUCAACAAAAACCUGUCCAAACCCAAGCACUCCGUCAACCUGUCUUCUAAAAAUACUGCGGGCGUCCCCAUCCCGACUGGAGUAAGGAUGAGGAUGAGAGAGCUGUCCCUGCGCCAGGAUCCUGACCUGAGGAAGGAGCUGGCGCUGCUGGCGCGCGGAUGUGACUUUGUUUUGCCUUCUCGGUUCAAGAAGAGGCUCAGAGCUUUCCAACAAGGACAGGCAGACCGCAUCACUGCGAAUGUGCAAAGUGUCAUGUGGCUUAACAGUUGUGCCGAAGAGCUCUGCAAGCACGAAGCCCAGGUCAGGACGGAGGAGCCGGUCACCACAGCGCUGAGCGAAAGCAUUCCCAAGUUUCACUUCCCACAGGGCCGGCCUCAGGCCAACCUCAACAUCGACGGCCUCAUUUCCAAAAUUGAGAAAAUAUUUUCCCAAUUCCCAAAUGAAAGGGCCACCAUUGAGGACAUGGGGCAAGUGGCCAAGGCCUGUGAGUGUCCACUCUACUGGAAAGUGCCAUUGUUCUGCUUAGCUGGAGGCGACAGGACGGGUUUCGUGUCCGUUCACAAGUUUGUGGCGAUGUGGAGAAAAACUCUGCAGACCUGUCACGACGAGGCCUCUAAAUUUGUGCACCUCUUGGCCAAGCCUGGCUGUAAUUACCUGGAACAAGACGACCUUAUUCCAUUCCUGCAGGAUGUGGUGAACUCCCAUGCAGGCUUGGCGUUCCUAAAAGAGGCACCGGACUUUCACUCGCGAUACAUCACCACGGUGAUUCAAAGGAUAUUCUACAACGUCAACCGGUCAUGGACUGGUAAAAUAACGUGCACCGAACUCAGGAAAAGUAAUUUCCUUCAGAACGUGGCGCUGCUGGAGCAAGAGGAAGACGUGAACCAGCUGACGGAGUACUUCUCCUAUGAACAUUUCUACGUGAUCUACUGCAAGUUCUGGGAGCUGGACUCUGACCAUGACCUCUACAUAGACCAGAAGGACCUGGCACGGCACAACGACCAAGCCAUUUCAGAAAAAAUGAUCGAGAGGAUAUUCUCAGGAACAGUGACACGGGACAGACUGGUGUUCAAACAGGGACGGCUGAGUUACGCCGACUUCGUGUGGUUCCUCAUCUCCGAGGAGGACAAAAAGACGGACACCAGCAUAGAGUACUGGUUCCGCUGCAUGGACCUGAACGGGGACGGCGUGCUCAGCAUGUACGAGCUGGAGUUUUUCUACGAGGAGCAGUGCCAGAAGCUGGAGGCCAUGGCCAUCGAGCCCCUUCCCUUCGAGGACUGCCUCUGCCAAAUGCUCGACCUGGUCAAGCCCGAGGUGGAAGGUAAAAUCACUCUGCGAGACCUCAAGCGGUGCAAGCUGUCCCAUAUCUUCUUUGACACAUUCUUCAACAUUGAAAAGUACUUGGACCACGAGCAGAGGGAUCCUUUCUCCGUCAUAAGGGUGAGGGAGACCAAAUCCGGUCUGGACGACUCCAGAUACAAACCCGAAUCGCCCUCCGGUGUCCUGUGGGAGCUCGGGCUGAUGGCGCGGGAGGCCGAGACGGACGGCCAGGAGGUGUCGGACUGGGAGAAGUAUGCGGCGGAGGAAUACGACAUUCUGGUGGCCGAGGAGGCUGCCAACGACCAGUGUAACGAUGUGUACGAAAACCGUCUGAGCCCCCUGGGGCAGCACAUCUCCAGCGAGCUGGCUCUGACCAAGAGGCACUUCUUCGAGAUCCCCAGCCCGCACUGCAACCUGGACCUGGACGAGUACGAAUACGAAGACGACUUUGAAUGAGGGCCCGCCGGGGCGCCGUCCACUCCCGGACACAGAGCUGGACGCGGUCAAACGCUCCGGGUCCGGUCCACACUUCACCCGGAACAAACAAUAAAACAGAUAAAUAAACAGAGGAUGCAUCGGAAGCAACCGGCUUCGGUCGAGUUUGACAAAAGAGCUGCUUUUCGCACGCCGUCCUUUCUGUCGAUAAUGCACAGGGUGAGUCUCAUUUCAUCUCAACGUCGGCGUUGCGUAAUCACGUUUUCACGGGCGCCGGACAACAGAAACACAUUGGAGCUCCCCGAAUAGUUGGAUAAGAAAACCAUGCUGAUUUCAUUCAGGGAUCAAUCCUAUUGGCCAAUGUUACAUUCCAGCGAUCAUAUCUAAAAAAGGUUUCCGAUGAAGCUGUAAACGCAUAAAAGCGGUUUUGCUGAAAAGUCAAGAGGACGCUUCGAACGCCAAACGAGCCGCCACACAGCGAAUAUUGUACAGGCCUGGAUUCAUUACGACUGUCAUGUUACGCGUGAGAUGGGUUUAUAAAUUAUUAGAGAUGAAUUUCUAAAAGUACUGUACAUAUUUAUUUUGAGCUUGCCGUGUUUUAGACAUUUUUUCUAUGUCACCGAAUACUUCAAUUGUAUUGUACUUUGACAGGACAAAAGAAAUGUUUGUUUUUCUUAAAAUGAAUAAUAAAGCUUUGGUUAAAGGUGU